AUGCAGCGCGCAUUGCUCCUUCUCGCGCUGCCUGUGCACACAUCUGCGACUGGACAGAAGGCAGUCCUUGGAAGCCGAUUCUGCCCAACUGCUGCACGGAGCUCCAUUGAGCACUGCGCCAGGGAAGGCACGGUGGUCGUCACGACAAUGAGCAAGCGAUACAGCCCGCCGACGCUGAGACUGGCGAAGGCGGCGAACCAGAGCGGUGGCUUCCCAUGCGUGGUCGUCUAUGCCCAGGAUGAUGUCCCUGAGCUCUGCGACCCGCACAUCCUCCCGAUCCGCAUCGAGCCGCCUCUUCUGCCGGAUCGCUUCUGGUGCAACGCUUCUAAAAUGAACCCGCUGUGGGGCUGGGCCAGAGCCCAGCUCUACAAGACCUACGCCCUCGCAUCCCUCCUCCGAGAGGGGUUUGACGUGCUCUUGCUCGACGCCGACCACCGCGCGAGCGCUGACCCGAUGCCAACACUGCGCAAGGCGCGCGCACAGGGCCUGGACGUCGUAGCGCAGGCGGCUGACUUUG